GUGCAAAAAGUGCAAGUAACGCGAACAGAACCGUUUAAUAUUCGGUGAACAACAAGAAUAAAAUGAUAUAUCAUGUGCAUCAUGUAUAUCAUGUGUUUUAUAAAACGCAGAUUCUACUAUAGACAUUGCGUUGAUUAGAGAUGGUGAAACCGGCCCUUUAAUCGUUCAGAAUUUUGGACUUGGCAUAAAAAUUUCUUGACGUAGUCCAUGAGAAGCAGAAAACAGAGAAAGAUAAAUUUUCCUAUACUCAAGAGAAUGGAAGCGGAACCAUUAGAAGAUGGUGAAAUCACCGAUGAGCCCAGCGACAUCUUUGAAACUUAUAAAAUUUUACAAAGACCUCCCAUAACGCAGACACCUAUCACAGAAACAUGUACAAAAAUGAGAUAUAGUGAUGAAUCUGAUCACUCAGCAGAUUCUGAAAGUGAUUCUGACUCGGAUUCCAUACAGACUAAUGUUAAAAAACCAAAACUUAAAUUGAAAAAGAAUAAGCAUUUGUGGAAGGAUUUGCCAACCAAAAAUGAUAAAUACAAAGUAUGGUGUACUCAAAUGCAGGAAGAAUCUUUGACCGAAGAUUUAACGUCAUGUGGUGUUACUAAAAAAUUGUAUCAAGAACGUAAUGUCGAAAGUUACAAUUUUACUCUACGAUAUGCAGAGAAUGGCAGGGAACCUUGUAAUAAUAAUAGCUCUGAUGAAGAAAAGGACAUUGAACGUAGAUUAACUAAUAAAAGAACGAAUUCAGACAGACGUGAUGUGAAAUUUAGAUUGGGGAAAAGGAGAAACUCCAUGGAUAAUCAAAAAGGUUCAGUUAGAAUAAUAGCAGAUUUAUCUACAACUGUGGAUUCAACAGAUGCCGAUGUUGCUACUGACAUAACCAAUAAGCUCAGCGAAAGAAAAGAGCUUCUUAUAAGACGAGUGGUGGAUAUAAUUGGUAAACAGAAAGCUAUUGAUUUUUUUCAAAAAACAAAGAAGAUCGAAGAAGAAGGUGGAAUGUUAAUAAUGAAUGGAUCUCGUAGAAGAACUGCUGGUGGAAUAUACUUUUGGUUGGUGAAAAAUGAUGAACAUAUUCCUCAAGAAAAAAUAAGGGAGAUAUUUUAUUAUGACCAAAAAGAGAGCAGCGAACAAAGAAGGAAAACUGGUGAUUCAGGACGACAGAAGAGGGAGCAGGAAUUAAUGAGAAGUUUUGAGGAUGGAUCUGAAAAGGAUUUACCAGCUUUAUUAACAAGAGCGGAACUCUCAACGAGACAAAUCGCAGAAGAAGCAAGACUGCGACGUGGCGAAGGUAUGGACAGAAUGCCAGUAGAUUCCGAUCGCACGGUAUCAAAUCCACCACCCAGUCCUGUAACAGAUGAUCCAGAUCAUUCUGAAAAUCCAUUGGUACAGAGACAGGUUCAAGAUUAUAACGAUGAUUUUCUCGAUAUUGGAGUGGACAUAGAUAGUAUGGAAGUACUCUAAAAUUAUUAUUUGAUCUUGCGUUUGCACAUACUUCAACAAUGAUUUGUACAAAUAAAUGUUUGUAACCAAUCGCAUAAAGAAUACAUAUGUGUAUAAUUUGUGAGAUUGUAUAUAUUUAUAUCACAUAUAUUCUAUAUCAACCUGAUUUCGUCCAUUGGAUAUCGAUCUCUUUCAACCUUUUCUGUUCUACGUGAUCUUUGAAAGAAAGAAGUUUGGCAUUAAAACGCCACGCGUGUUCUCGUAUAUGUUGGCGAGUAUGUACAUAUUUUCAUUGAUAUAUGGGACCUAUAAUUUUUUUUAACGCCGAAUCUGAAUAGCAAAGAUACUCUAAGAAAUUUGCCAUUGCCUUUCGAAAAAUAACGAUCAAAAAAAAUUUGAUGUUUUGAAUGAAUUUGAACUCUGGAUCUUUGGCACAAAGAGCAGUCACGCUACACAUUCUGUGCUACAAUCAUCACGAUUUAUCACAUUUAUAUUCGUAAACAGACCGAAAACAGUGAUUCAGAAAGAGAUUUGUAACAAGUAACUGUAUAUACGUCGAUCCAUUGCUGGAAUAAAAAAAUUGGAAAAUUGUUUUGCAUAAUUUGAUAGCCCCAAGUGUGUAGAAUAUUAUGUUGAAGCUUUAACAUAGC